AAGUAUUUUUCAUUUUUAAUCACUUUGAAAAUCCUCAAUAAACUAGCUAACCUCACAAAAAUUAAAAUUUGUUUGGAAAAAUUACAAAUUGAUUGAAUUUGUUGGGGGGUUUUCCCCUCCCCGUUUGAUGAUUUGGGAAGUGGGCUGUAACUAAAUGCCCGAUUUCAACACUACUCAACUGCAAAUUAUUCGUAUACCUGGAGAUGGAAGUUGUUUGUUUCGAGCUGUGGUCCAUGGUUCCUGUAUUAUACAAGGGAAGCCAUCUCCAAGUAAGAGCUUUCAAAAGAGACUUGCAGAUGAACUUAGAGACAAGGUUGUUGAUGAACUGAUCAAGAGACGCAAAGAUGCUGAAUGGUAUCUGGAGGAUGAGUUUGACAGAUACAUCUGUCAGAUGAGACAGUGUCAUGUUUGGGGAGGAGAACCUGAACUUCUCAUGGCCUCACAUGUUCUGAAGAUGUCCAUCACAGUUUACAUGAUUGACAAGAAAUCCAGUAACCUUAAAAUCAUAGCAGAAAAUGGACAAGAAUAUGGUAGACAGAACCCAAUUUGUGUUCUUUAUCACGGCUACGGUCAUUACGAUGCACUGAAGUGUAAAUAAACCCCUAAUACAAUCGGGGUCAUACUGUUUAUUUUGCUCAUUUGCUGGAACAAACUUGCCUGAGUUGCGUCUACAGACUACAAUGGAAUCUGGUCUUAGAACGUGAUGAUCAAAUCCUUUUAAUCUGCUUGAUAUUGUACUAUACUACGGAGGAAUGCAUCUAUAUAUUUACAGUUUUUUCUCUCCUAAACUUUUUUAUUUUUUUUGCUUUUUUUUUGUUUUGUUAAGUUGAGUUGUACAACUUCUUGGAAAUCAUAAUGAUUCUAAAAUAUUAAUUAUGGCGUAAAUACGUGGUCAUAUUUUCUAU